AUGCUCUACGUUAAAUCUCAUGAACACUUUUUCCUGGAGAUGCUCGCGCUCCCCACCCCAUCAACAACCACGCGCAGAUUAGCGCGUCCACGUGGUGUAUCAAGUGUGUGCGAGAUAUUACAGACACUGCAUCACAGCUCAUUCAAUUUCUAUCCAGACGCCGACCAAUUCAGAGACAGCUAUGGUACGUUUACAUUUAACAACAAGCUAGCUCUGUGGCAUAUAACUGAAAAUACCUUAUCAUUGGAGUGUGUUUUGUCUUAUAGCACUGUAUUUUAGCUAAUGAACAGCGAGUUCAUUUUGAGAUGAAAUCGACAGCAUCAGAUUGUUCCUGUCGGGUCAGCUGUGACUGCUAUCCUGUGUUCAGGAACGUUUGCUAGUUGGAAGUUGAAUCUUGGAUGGUAGUAAAAUGUUUUUUAAUCAUUCAGGUGACUGGCCUUUCCCCGAAAGCCUGUUUUAUCCAGGUGUUUGCUCGCCUCCUCUUGCCGUUUUAAUCGCCUACAAUAGAAAGGAAACGACCCCAAAACAACUGGCGCCAUUUCCUUCCUCCCCUUCAUUGAGUAAGGCCUAAUGCACAGUCUAGCACGUUGAGUCGCAAGUAGCAGUCGCUUUCAUCGGCAUAUUUCUAUGCUAUCAAGUGAAGUUAGCUAACUGGUUAGUACUGCCCGUUGCUACUUCUCCCGGUGAAUUUACUAGCUAGCUAAGUAACUGUUUGUCUGGAUUUGUAUUCGCCGGUGCUAACAGCUAAGUUAGCAGAGCUAACGGAGUGCAUUUUCUGUGCAUGCGCAUACCGUAGGCAGCUACGUUAGCAAUUUAGGACGCUAGUUAAUUUGAUUUACACAUCCUUUGUCUUGGUCUGCACGAGUCCCUUGGUUUUUAACUAUCGUGCGCAGGUGCCAUGCCAAUUGACUAACGUUAGCUUGAAUUAUAGCACUUAGCUAUGUUUGCAACGUGAAAAUAAUUGAGUUAGCGGGCUGGUAUUUUCUCGAAAUCGUUUUGCCUUAUAUAGUGCACAUGUGCGACCACUGCAUUCAUGGCCCCACCCUGGUUUUUGGUGCAAAGGGCAUUUUUGAACGUUUUCACUACUGCACACAUUAGCCAACUAGCUAUUAAAUGUCUAUCCAGAGUAACUUUAUUUAGUGAUGGGUAUAACAAAAUCAGACGAAGAUGAAAAAUAGUCAGGGGUGUCACCGUUAUUCCGCGAGCUAUCACUAGCUAAAGGUUUUGCAUGCGGGCCUUUUGUCGUUGGCACGACGUUCUUCCUGGUUUCUACGCAUCAAGUUUUGACAAGUGGUGCGUCGGAACGAAACGCACGAGAUGCUCGCGAACGACCAAAUAAAUCUACUGUAGCCUACUACUCAAUAAACAAUUCGUUUUUAAUGUGUAACUCACACCUAGGUAGGCUUAACCCUGAAUAAACUUGCCGAAUUAUCAACAUCGUGCUUGGACGGAAGCGCACAUUCCAGUUUUUAUAUUGUCAUGCUUUACACAUUAGAUUCACUUUAAUGUUAAUUUAGCAUUUCUAUGACAUUUCUGGGGGGAAUCUCGAUUACAUUACAUUUACUCGACUGAUUAGAGCUAUCCUAUUUUCCCACUUGCUGUUCAUUUGUUGGGCCUUUAUCAUGUACCAUUGAUCAUAUGAAUAAUGUAUUACAACAUGACAUCAAUGCGUUGGUUGUAUUGUAUAUGAUGAAUGAAUGGUCACUGUGUUGAACACGAUUGGCAUCUGUUCCUGCCGAGUAGUGAGAUGGCUGAGGGAAGAGCCGGUUCCGUCGUAAAAAAGCCCAGCUAUGUAUCCGAGGGCCCACAGUAGUCUUCAGUGCCCUAUGGGUGCAGUUGGACCGAUUGGACACUGCAGGAAAAACGAACCAAAAUCAUUGGGUGAAAUUAUGUAUUGUUCAUUACAGCUACUUGGUGAAGGAUUUUGUUUAUAAUUCAUUUCAAGUUAAUUGGAAUAAAAACAUAUUGAUGUCAUUUUUCACAACAGAAAGGCUCAUUACUUUGCGUUUCCAUCUAAUAUUUACCCCAGUGUUUUACCCAAAAGGCUCAGACUAUUCUGUUUCCAUCAACGCUAGGUGACUCACUGGGCCAUGGCUCCAGUGGACCUGCUCUGACUUGGGGCCCAAUGCCAGGCCACUGGUACUUUUCAGUUAGCAUAUACAUAACAAUGGCUUACUGUGAAUUUAACACCCAGCAAAGCAACUGUCUAAAUGAUGCAGAGGUUGUUGUUUCUGUUCGCCCAAAGUCUUUAGUGUCACAACUGAUGUGAACACAAUUACACUAGAGCAACAUUAACAUAAAACACUGGAGACAGACUGGUGUGAGUUAGGUUUUAGGUGGAAGUGCAGCAGAAGCGAAGAUUAGUCUCCAGAGCUACCUUUGGGUUUGCAGUCAGGAACCUGACAUGGCUGUGUUUUUUUAUCCUGUGCAGUUACUUGAACCUUGACUUUUGGCAACAUUCCGGGGUAUUUUAUGGCAGGAAGGAAAGGAUCUCUGUUGCUCAGAGAAGAAUAUGAUUUCUGCAUGGAGGGACUAAAAGGGUAUAAUCUUCACUGGCCCAUGGAUUUGGUCUUUUCACACAGGUAUCCCAAGUCAGCUCUUUAGUCUGUGAUGUGACUUGCUGCAGUGUGAAGAAACAUGCAUUGUCUGAAGAGCUCUCAAAAUGAUAAAAGGAGUGCUCAUUGUUUUGGAAGAUGGCAGGAUUUAGUGAAGCUGCAUGGCGAUUUGCUGCUGUUUGCAAACACUGGCCUCUUCACCCUCGGUAGGGGGCCCCUGCCCUUCCUAGAGUAAACGAUUGCCAUGGAAGUCUGCCCCGGCAGCGCUUUAUAAUUAUUUGGUAGUCAUUUCCCUCCUGUUCAGGACGUCACUAAUCCAAAUGUGUGUCCAAACUCUCUGGGCUCAUCACUAGAUUAGAUCCUGAGCCCAAUGUGGUCUCUCUCACACAGGCCCUGGCCAUCAACACGCCCAGAGAAAACAUGCCCACACCCUUCACACACAAAUUCCUUCAAAGUGGGUCACUACACAGUGGCAGGGCUCUGGAAGGCAUGAAGCGUCGCUCUGGAUAAGAGCGUCUGCUAAAUGACGUAAAUGUAAGCGACUCUCAGGCCAGGAGCGCCAUUUUUAAUGGAAGCUUCCUCUGCUGUAUGGAUGUGGCUUUACUUGAGGAAAGGAAUGUCUAGUCUACCUGAUUUUAGCAGAAGGUGGGGUGAAUGGAUUGGCCAAAACCUUUCCAGAUGGGGAGGGAUGUUACAGCAAGCUUUUUGACACUUGGUCGCAUCCUCUGCCCGGUUCCUGCAUGGGUUGACGUUAUUCCUGUUGGGUAAAAUGCCCUAAUGGAAAUUAGAAGACUAGAGGUUUAUAGGGCUGUUGUGACUCAGGGAUGUGGCCUGUUUUUAUUUCCCACAGAGGAUCCAUUGUCUGAGACCGACCCAUGCGUUCUAAGGCUUGAUUCCUGUCCCCACCUUCACUCCCAUGGCUUCUUUACAGCAGUUACUUACAUGGCAUGGCUAUCUCACGUCCUGUAAACUUUUAGUUUUAUAGGAGGAGGGGAAAAACCCUCCCUUUUGUAACUUUGGUUUUAUCUGCCCCUUUGAGCCGCUUCAGAGCCACACCUUUUACUGGCCCUUAUUGGGCAGUGGCAAACUACCAAUACACACCUCUUACUCAUCGGGGGGGGGUGGGAAAAGGGUUAAAAAAGCCCUCCGUUUUUUCUAAAUGCCACUCCUUCUGAGUCAUGCUGUUCUGGUCAAUGCCAUGGAUGGUGACUCGUAUAGUCCCCAUUAACUUGACUGAUCAUGUGGGUAGAGGUCAUAGAAACAUAGGAUUGCAGUCUGGCUUAUGGGGCCCCCCACCCAUAGGACCAAUGGGCAGUCGUUCAUAACUGCAAGUCAUUGUGCAGCUACCUCCCUAUCGAUUGCCUUUUAUCAGCUAUCCUUGAAGGGUGCAUUCUUGCAGUGUAAUAAGUCUCAGGCCCCCUUCCAAUUUCUUCUCUCAGUGUUUUCUGUCCUGUCACACUCCUGUGCUGGCCAUUAGGACUGGAUAACCUCUUGGAGCUGGAGUUUUUUUUUUGGUGAUCAGUCGCUAUUGAUUAAAUUGGCUUGAAUGGUUCAUGAAGCCUGGGUUGCUGCAGACCAAUGUUCAGCUUUUUUCUCCCUCAUCCCUCGGAUGCAUAUAUGAUUAAUCUCUAUCUGUCUGUCUCUGCGCAGGCUUCCGGGGUGACAGUGACAGAUGAUGUUAUCACAGUCUUCAACGAGAUGAAGGUGCGCAAGUUGCAGGCUAACGAGGAUGAGAAGAAGAAGAGGAAGAAGGCAGUGCUGUUCUGCCUUAGUGAGGACAAGAAGCACAUCAUCCUGGAGGAGGGUCAGGAGAUCCUAACAGGAGACGUGGGCGUCACCGUCCAGGACCCCUACCUGCACUUUGUCAAGAUGCUGCCCGCAGACGACUGCCGCUACGCCCUCUACGACGCCACCUAUGAGACCAAGGAGACAAAGAAAGAGGACCUGGUCUUUAUCUUCUGGUGAGGAGAGAGGGGGAGCUUGGCUAGCCUGGGGGGGCAGGCUGAGGAGGGGGGCAUCGUCGUACAUUUUCUUGUAUGGUGUCACUUGUUGAAUAUUAAAUCACUUGACUUCUACACUCGGGACAUUAGUUAAACCAUUUCCCCUCCCUCACAGGGCCCCAGAUGGUGCUCCCCUGAAGAGCAAGAUGAUCUACGCCAGUUCAAAGGAUGCCAUCAAGAAGAAGUUCACAGGUGAGGCACUGACAGUUGCAGAUGGAAGAGACCUAUUGGGCUCUGGGUUCUCUUAACAUUAAAUGCCAUAUCCUUGCUUAAGCUUCCAGCUCUGUGUGGUUGAAAGACAUACUUUUCUUUGUGUUAAUAUGCAAAGGUUCAUUUGGAAGGGAUGUAAAUACAGCAAUUUAACUUUUAUUUAAAAAAGGUAAGGAUGCCACCAAGUACUCUCACUAUUCCCCUCUAUCUUUGAUAAACACAGAUAUUAAACUAUUUUCAAAAAUUGUAGUCUCAACUUACUUACCCAAAUUGGUACAUCCGGACCAAAGCAGGUUUGUUAAACAAUUAUUCUCAGAUAACCUCAAUCUUUUACAUAUCUUACAUGCUUCUUUAGAAACCAAAGCUCCUUGGGCAGUUCUAUCUCUCAAAGCAGAAAAGGUUUUGAUAGACUAGAAUGGUCAUAUCUUUGAUCCGUUUUGGAACAUAAGGAACUUGGUUCCAAUUUCAUUAAUAUGAUUAAAAGACUAUAUGCCAAAUCCCUUAGCUAUAGUAAUUACGGGCAAUACAUGCACUGUUCCGUUCAGAAUAACUAGAAGUAGCAGGCAAGGUGAUCCCAUCUCACCUCUGCUAUUUUUGUCUAUGGAGCCCCUGGCCCAGGCAAUUUGACAAUCGAAAGAAAUUACACCAAUAUCUCUAAAUUCUAUGGAUCACGUCAUCUCAUUAUACGCCGACGAUAUCUUUCUUUAUCUGGACAUUUGUAUCUCAAUCCUUCCCAAAAGCUUUGAAGAUCAUAGACAAAUUCAGCGUAAUCUCAAGUUACAGUAUAAAGUUAAUCUAACCUCUGUAGCUCAAUUGGUAGAGCAUGGCGCUUGUAACGCCAGGGUAGUGGGUUCGAUCCCCAGGACCACCCAUACCUAAAAAUCCACACAUGACUGUAUGUCGCUUUGGAUAAAAGCGUCUGCUAAAUGCCAUAUUAUUAUUAUUAUUAUUAUUAUUAUUAAAUAAGCCCUACUGCCUCUUAAGACCCCGAUGGAGGUCUCCAUCUCUACUUAUGGAAUCCCAAUUGUUACCAAUUUUAAAUAUUUGGGAAUAGAUAUAUAAAUUGUCUAACUUUAACAGAAAGCUCAAACAAUUCAAUCUGACCUCAGUAGAUGGACAAAUAUCCCUGUUGCUUUAACAGGCAGAAUAUCUAUUGUCAAAAUUAAUAUUGCCAUGGCUGAAUUUCUGUAGUUCAAUGCUUCCCAUGUCUUCCCCCUUCUGGCUAUUGGGAUAAAAUCCAUAGUGCAGUCUCAAAAUGUAUAUGGCAAGAUAAGCGAGGCCUGAUAAAAUUAACACACUUGCAAAGAUGGAAAGAUGUAAAGAUGUAGAACUAUCCGUACCAAACUUUAAGUUGUAUUUCCAGGUACUAGGGUUUCGUCCCGUCCUAAAUUGGUUUAGACAUGAUUCCUUCGUCCUCUGGCUGAGUAUAUUGCCCUGGAAGAGGUGGUCUUCACUGAUAUAUCCCUUAAACAAUGUAAACUACGCUUUGGUCCUAUUAUUGCUCACAAAAUUGAAAUACAGUGUAACUGGGAAUCAAAAUGGCACGGCCAUCUUCCAAUAUUUUACAAUGCCUUGCAAUCUGGAGGGUGGCCUUUUGCAUCCCCCCCCAAUGGUCCAAAUGUGGAAUCUGUACCCUUACCGAUAUCAUGGACAGCAAUGGUUUGAGAACAUUCCAAGAUGGGAAAGACCUACACAUUACCAGGCAAUUCCAUUUUUUAUAUGUUUACGACUUAGGUCAGCUAUGGUGUGCAACUCAAUAUUAGGAAGGUGUUCCUAAUUGUUUGUGUACUCAAUGUAUAUCUAUUUUUUUUAAUUUCACGCCUACAGGGAAGGGGUGGUAUGGGGAGGGUUUUCUCUGGUUGCCUGGAGGUGGGGUGGGAGGAUGGAUCUAUGUUAUUGAUGGUCUAUGAUCUGAACCCCUUAUAGGGGGACAUUUUUAAAAUAUUAAAACAUUUGUCAAAAAAACUAUGCUGUGUCUCCCAUGUGACGCUAAAUUUCCCCUCCGUUUUUAUUUCAGGUAUCAAACAUGAGUGGCAAGUGAACGGUUUGGAAGACAUCAAGGACCGACGCACCCUUGCAGACAAGCUCGGAGGCUCAUCGGUAGUCACCCUGGAAGGAAGCCCUAUAUAAAUCUAGCCCCGGGCUUCAACUGAAGCCAGACACAUCCGAGGGGUUUGGCUGUUCAUUCCAAUAUGGUUGGGAGGCGGGGCAGAGCAGGACCAGGAUCAUUUGUGGGACUGUUGGGG